CCCCUGUGCGACUACAGGCAUUUGUAUGCUGAUGUGUCCGUACUGGAAUAUGGAUGUGUCUCGCCAUCAUUCGCUAAGAAAAACACAAAAAUGAUGCGGCCACUAUGAACGCAAACUGUGCUUUUAGAGUUAUAUCAUCUGAGGUCAAUGGAGUCAUCACAGGACAUUCAUCUCUGAGGAUAAAGCCAGGGUUUAUUCAGAGUUAUGUUUCUCUAUGAGUUAUAAAACUGAUGUACUCCAUUAUGGAAGAUAAAGAGUGAAAGUCUGCAGUCGAAGCCUGCGAGUUAAACCGUGAUUGAGACCAGUGAAGUUGAAUUCCAAGCCACAUCACGCUGUCGAGAUGUUCUCUGCUCUGAAGAAGCUGGUCGGUUCGGAGACUCCUGUCCAGCAGCGGGAGAAGCACAUUCCCGCGGGACUGCAGUCGAUGAAUCAGAGUCUGCAGAGACGAUUCGCCAAAGGCGUUCAGUACAACAUGAAGAUCGUGAUCCGCGGGGACAGGAACACGGGGAAGAGCACGCUGUGGCAGCGUCUGCAGGGAGGGAAGUUCCAGGAGGAAUACAUCCCUACGCAGGAGAUCCAGGUCACCAGCAUCCACUGGAACUACAAGACUACUGACGACGUGGUGAAAGUGGAGGUGUGGGACGUCGUGGAUAAAGGCCAAAAAAUCCCUCUUCCUGAAGGUGUAGGCAGGGGUAAAAAGCGAGGAGAUACCCUGAAGCUAGAGAAUGAUCCUCAGGAGGCUGAGAAUGAGAUGGCCCUGGACGCUGAGUUUUUGGACGUUUAUAAGAACUGUAAUGGCGUCAUCAUGAUGUUCGACAUCACAAAGCAAUGGACCUAUAACUACAUUUUGCGGGAGCUGCCCAGAGUGCCGACCCACGUACCGGUGUGUGUGCUGGGUAAUCAUCGGGACAUGGGUGAGCACAGGGUCAUCCUUCCUGAUGACAUCAGAGACUUCAUCAACAGCCUCAACAGGCCACUGGGUUCUUCCUACAUCCACUACGCCGAGUCUUCCAUGAAAAAUGGCUUCGGCCUCAAAUACCUGCACCGAUUUUUCAACAUUCCUUUCUUGCAGCUUCAGAGAGAGACGCUGUUACGGCAGCUGGAGACCAACCAACUGGACAUCGACGCCACACUGGAGGAGCUGACGGUCCAGCAGGAGACAGAGGAUCAAAACUAUGAAAUAUUCCUAGAGAUGAUGGAAGCACGUGCUAAAGGCUACAGAUCUCCCGGUGAUGCUAACGGUCAGAGUCCGUCGUCAGGCUCGCAGUCCCCCGUGGUCCCAGCGGGCGCCAGCUCCACGGGCAGCUCCAGCCCCGGCACUCCACAGCAACCCCCUGUCAUCGGGCAGAACCCGCAGUUACCCUCCACCUCACCGUCUGUGGAUGCUCAGAUUCCCGUUGCUCUUCCCGCAGCCUCUGCAUCGUCUCCAUCUCCGGCUCAGCAGCCGCAGAAACGCAGCUUCAUCUCCAGGCUGUUCGGCUCGACCGCCACCCCGGAGAUGCCCACUGCUGUCCACGAGGCGGAGCCAGCAGCUCCCCGAGCUCCGCCCACAGUGCAGAGUGUGGAUGACUUUGUGCCAGAUGAAGGACUGGAUAAGAGUUUCUUAGAAGACAGCGUCCCCUCCAGCACCAAACCCAGCAUGAACACGCAGCCACAGCCGACCACCGCGGACAGUGACAGUGAUGGAGAAGGGAGAGGAGGAAACCCCAUGGUCGCAGGGUUUCAGGACGAUCUGGACCCCGAUGAUGCUGCGCUCAUGCAGCAACCCAGAUCCUCAGUCCCCAGUAAAGAUCUUAAUAUCACGUUAUCCAGCGACGAGGAAGAGGAUGCAGCCAAACCGGUUGUGGCUAAGGAUGAAGAUCUGGACAUCCAGCUGGACAGCCACCUGGACGAUUUGAGCUCUUUAGCGCUGGAGGAAAAACCCAAACUCGCGAAGCCUGUGCCUUCACUCCAGCCUCAGAUGAUCUCAGAGCCUUCAAUCCUCACGCCGACUCCCGCACACCUCCCACACGCUCCGCACACACACUCGCCUCCGAAGCGGGGUAAAGUGAAAGCGGCUCCUCCUCAGGGCGACUCGUCUGAUACGGACCCCGAGGUCCCUGUGGCUCAGCAGAUGCUCUCCUUCGUCAUGGACGACCCCGAUUUCGAGAGCGAGGAGGAGCCUGUGCAGAAAGAGAAAAAGGACGCCUUCCCUGUCAGGUCUGACCUUCCCGACCUCUCAGACGAUGAACUCGUCCCUGCCGAGCCCCCGAAGUCCUCUGUGCGCUCCUUCAAACACAAGAACGAGAGCGACCUUUUCGGCCUGGGCUUCGAGGAGAAAAGCGUCAAGAGCAAAGACAGCAGUGAUGAACAAGAUGAAAAGGAAAGCAAGCACUCCACGAAAGAAAAGAAGAAAAAGAAGAAGAAGAGUAAAGAGGAUGAAGAGAAAAGCAGCAAGAAGAAGAAACACAAGAAGAAGGAGCGCGAGGAGCCAGAAGGAGCCGCAGAUGAGAAAGAGAAGAAAAAGAAAAAGUCCCGGAGCAAGAAAGCGGGCGAGCUGGACGAUCUGGAGGCCUUCCUGGCUGGAGGAGAAGCAGCGGAAAAGAGAGAGGAGGGAGACUACGAGGAGCUCUAGAGGACGAAACGUGGCGAAUUUUCAACCUGCACUACUGGCCUUGACGUGUCGUUGGCAUUUCAGCAGCGCAGUUCUCGACGUGGUCUGGUGUGUGUGUCGAACAGAGUGAGAGUGAUGAUGUUAAGACCCGCUCUCGGUCGCCUGUCAUUUCCACCACGGAGGAGGGAAGGGAGCAUCCUCCCGCAACUCCAGCUGCAAUAAGUGGAGAAGCCAUUGAGAAAUCCUGCAUCCUGCAUGUAACUUUUUUCCAGGGUGAAGAUUCGACUGGCUACUCGCUUUUCUACUGUAUCUGUUUGCCUUUUUUUUUUUUUUUCGUAUCCACUCCAGAUGCGAACCACUUGGCAUUGAUUCAUUAGCUGUUAUUUUAUAGGCAUGUGCCGAUAAUCGGGUUUAUGGUAUAUCAUGAUAUUUAGGUCGCACGAUAUUGUUGGGGUAGACUCUUUCUUUCUUUUUUUUUUUUUUUUUGAGAAAGGCUGCUGAGCUAGUGAGCAUUAUUGAGCAGCACGAGGAUGUCAGUUUUCUGAGAUAUUUUUCUUUGAAUAGAUGGAAAAGCAAUGAAGGCAAUCCCACAAUUCUGUUCACCAGAUGAGAAGUCCAUAAAUCUUUUAAACUCUGUUACACUAAGCAUUCCGACUUAGCGGUUAAAAUGCCCUCAGAUGCAAACAAGUAAGUACCUGGUAUUUAAAAGGUAAUGUGUAUGUGGUAAUGACAAGCAGUUUACAUAGUGUUACAUAGUGACUUGUUUGAAAACGUCCAGAUUUGUAUAACUCAUGACUCAACACAGUAAUUACUCACAAAUUAUAUGUUAUUGAUGUAGAACUUACAAUUAAUCUUUGGUACAUGGUGCAUAGUGUAAUGUGUAAUGCAGUGUCAAAAAAUACCAUGUAUACCUUGUAUUUAAUGCUAAGAAGUUUCCGUAAAUACAUACAUGCUUUAUAUUAAGGUUCCCUUAACAUUAUUUACUGCAUUAGUUAACAUAAGCAGUUGAAAAAGUUCAGCAUUAAUAAACCAGAACAAAACCAGAAACCAGAACAAAAUAACAAGUAGGGAAUAAAACACUUGGGGGCCAAGUGUUUUAAAACACCAAUCAAUAUUUAGCAUUUCACCUGAAAAUAAAGGGGUCUUAGCAUUGAGUCCUGAGGUACACCUGUUAUUUUUUUUCACACUAAUUACUAUGUACUCAUAUUUCCUAUUCUAAAAUGACCAAAUAUUAUUUUUAAGAAAAGCAAUUUACACAAGUUUUGCAUUGUAGCACCAAGAACUGCAGUACAGACACAAGGUAUAUUGCGUUUGACGAAAGCUCGUUGCUGCGAAUUUCCAACCUCCGACUAGGAAAAAUGUAAGAAAAUGUCUCCUUGACAUUUUCAAAAGUUGGGAACGUCUCCCCAGCCUUGAGUUCAGCACGUGACGUCAAAUCAACAUGGCUACUCACAGCAUCAACAGUAAACAAAGUAGCACUUCUUACCUUUAAAUGAGUUAUACUGUAUAUACAAGUAUUUACUUCAGAUCAAUCACCAUACAGACAUCAUGUCUUGUUAAAUCUAUAACACUGACUCUACAGUUCACUGUUUUGAGGAGAUAACUAUGCCACUUGUAGCACUAACGUUAUUAAUGAUUGUUGCUAACAAAAGACAGACAUCGAAGCGUCUGAGUUUUUUCCCAACUUUGUAGCUUAAAUGCACGGAGGUCCAAAAAAAAAAAAAAAAAACCAUAAUUCCCAUUCCCAGAGUUAUGUCAAAUGCAUCAGUACUAUGUACUUGGAUGUAAUAUCCAACAUGCAAAGCUUUUUCCAGAAAUUACAUGUUUUCAUUAAUAAACCUCGCUAGCUACCAGAAGCGCUACCGCAUUUCUAACACAAUAUUGUGAUAAUAUUGGAAAAUAACCCGUAAUAUCGGCACAUGCCUAUUCUGUCGUGAACGCAUGACUCUUUUAUCGUCGGUGUUAGGGCAUGGCUUAGCGUUCUUUUCUGUACAUUUAGUUUUGGUGUAUAAUGUAGAUGACGUGUGCUGUGUACUGUACUUUGUGCUUGUGUAUACUUAUUAUUUUUCUCCAAUUUCCAGAAAGACAUUCUUGUAGAUUUCAUUUUGGAAUGAUACAACUCGCAAGGAUUUAAAAACAAAAGCGAUUCUCUGCCACUGGUUCAUGUAUAAUGGAAACGUAGGCCUGUUUUAUAGGAAUAGUUCAGCCAAAAAUGUGAAAUGUUCAAAAUGUCUCCUUACUCCACAUCAUCAAUAUUUGAUCAGCCAAGAUGAUUCGUAUCUGAUUAAAAUUAGCUUCUUUAGAUUUGCACUGUAGCCAUGAGGUUAAAAUAGCUAACAAGUAAUGAAAGCAAACUGAAUCACACACAAAGUAACUCAUAUUUUGAUCAUCCAAAUCUACAGCUUAUGGACAACUCCGCCUUCACAAUUUAGGCCACGCCUCCUACCAUAGUCUGAUUUUGGCAUUGAGUGACAUCAAGCUUUGUGCUGAAGAAAGAAGAAAGCGAUUUAGCUUUAAGAUGCAGCUACGACUGUUUUUUUAUAGAUAAGACUGAAGUAAUUGUGUGAUGAUGUAGCUAGAAGUAGCUAGAAGGUUCUCUUAUUUAUAUGCAAGUUUAGUGCAAAACUAAAGAAACAAACUUAAGAGAAUAAACAUUUCUUGGCUAAUCAAGUGUGUACAUUUUUGGCUGAACUUCUUUCAGAAUUCACUCAGCUCUCAGGUUGGUCACCAUUCUGACAUAUCUGUGGAGCUUUUCAGACAUCCAGGUCACAUUCAGCAUUUUAUAAUAACAAGUCAAGGCAACUGCACUUCCUAUAUAUAUAUAUAUAUUUUGUCACUGAACUAAAGAGUCUAGAAAUUACCUUUGCUUCGUACUACAAAAUACCAUUUUGAUGUGUAUACAUAAUGAACAAGUCAAAGUGGCUACUUAAAUAGUUCCAUCCUUUAAUUGAUUGUAUCUUUAAGGAAAUAGUGGAUUGAUGAGAUAUCAAAUUAAGAGUCAUUUUCUCCUUAUCUCAGUCGUAGUUGAUCAACUGAGGUGUGUUCGGUGCGUUUAGUUUUGCGCUUGAAGCUAGCUUAAGCUAAUGGAAGUCUGUUUCAUAAAUUUUUUUGGAAAUACAAGUCAUCAUUGGAUUUACAUCGUUGCAUUCAAACUUUAUCAUCCUCAUUUGUUUCAUUACAAUUCCACUGCCAGACUUUGAAAAAGCAGCACUUGUAAUGUGGAUCGAUACCAAACUGUACUUAGGGGGAAAAAAGUUAUUCUGCUUGUCCAAGAUGGCCGCCUCUGUGACAUUGAGUGUUCAGCUACACAGUGAAGUUUUGUUUAUGUUUACAGAUUACAGUAAUGCAGAAUUGUCGUCGUUACAAUUUCAGGAUUACGAAGUUUUUGUGUUUAGCUAACUAAAUUGGUCAAAGGGUAAUGUUUAGGGAUAAGUCAGAAACUAGAGUAUUAAAAUAAUUUCCUGCUUGUAAUUCCAGCUUGAAUGGACAUUCAUGUGCAACUUUAAGGUUUUUAAGGCCGAUUUGUACUCGACGCAUGUCUUUGCGUGCAGAAGCGGCGGCAACACGAGCGACAUCGUUCACAUACUCACCUUGUUUAUGUUUAUGUACAUCUGGAGGAUUAAAAGUGACGUCCACUAGAUGGCGUCUCUGCCUGUCAGGUUUCCAAGUCAAACUCUAAUGUUUAAACACACUGAAGAGCUUUGUUUCUCUUUAAAACUCUCUGCUGUCGUCAUGAUUGUUGUCAUGGGCUGUGUCUCCAAUCUAAAACUAAGACUUUACCUUCAAAAUUAUUUACUAAUCUAGAAAAUCUAGAACACUGGCACACAAAACAGAUCUUUCAUUCGGUUUGAUGGCUGUGUGAGAGGUUUUUAAAAUUCAAACACUAACUGUAAUAGGUAAACUGGCUUAGUAUUAGUGUUCAAUAAUGCUGUAGAAGAGUACAAGUAUGCGAUUUGAGACACUAGUGUUUGUUUUUACUCAGGAGUGGACAGUGUCACAUGGUGCUAUACUGCCCCUGCUGUUUACAUUGGUAUUGCACCACACGGACGCGUAGCUUUAAUUUCCGCCCAAACGACACUCCAAAUGACCGCGGGAUACGUGCAACAGCCUUCUUACACAUCUUCAUAUAGUUAAAAGCAAGUAUAAUUCAGUCUUUGAGCUUAUUUCACAUAGCACAUGAAGGCAGAAAUGAUUUUACAGAAAUGAUUUUAGGUGAUUUUAAGACUUCCAUUACUUGUAAGCUACACUGUCAGUCAAAAGCGUUUGAUGAAACUUCAAGAAAUGGGUUUAAGAUAAAACUUUGAGAGAACAGAAAAGCCACCUAUCAUCAGACACCGAACGCAUAUCUCCUGAUCGACUAUAUUUGAGGUAAAGGGGUUUAUUUUUCUGAACUACACCUUUAAACGACGAACACACACCUCUUGCCCUCUGCAGCUGCUUUAUAGAAGGUCUGAAAACGACCGUAAUGGGAUAAAAAAUGAUCGCGUAGGUAGGAAAUAAGUAAGAAAUUAAAAACACUGCAGUUCCAAAGACAUUUCCAUUUCAGAUGUUGUGAUGCUUUUGUGAAUUUUGCUUUCUCAGAUUUUCAGAUACAUUAUGCAUUGCUGAUGACCAGUUUAUUAUUAUUAUUAUUAUUAUUAUUAUUAUUAUUAUUAUUGCUUUAUUCCUUUAAUGCUUGAGACCAAACCCUGUUAAGUGCAAUGUACACAUCUCUUGUUUUCUUUUUUGUUGUUGUUCCAUUUUCUUUGCCACUUUUUGGUUUUUGUGUUGAUUUCUGAGCGCUGUGUACAGUAGUUCAAGAGACUUGAGAGAGAAAACUGUGCUACUCCAUGUUCAUAUGGCUGUAAUUAACUCAGUUUGAAUGUCUGUCUCUGUGUGGAGCUCAGACUCUAAGAUGAUGAUAUAAAAAUUACUGAACACACCCCCCCACACACACACACACACACACACACACAAGUGGCUUUGGCUUUCGUAACAAACAAACAGCACUUUUGAACAGACACCCACUCACGACUGGCUUCCUGUCCGACUUCAUACAACUUUAAAUUGUGUGUGGGGAAAAAAAAUGAAACAAAAAUAUAGCACGGACUUUCCUCCAUCA